GAGGGUGGUCUUGCAGUCGACGAGAGGAGAGGAGAGGAGAGGAACAGGAGUUUUAUUGAGGAGUAGCUGCAACGGGAGAGGGGAAAAAAACGCAUGCGAGUGAAGCAAAAGCUCUGAAGCCGCCUCACCGACGGUGAGAGGAAGAGAGAGAGAGAGAGAGAGAGAGAGAGAGAGAAAGGGGGGAGGAACGACCGCUCCGUGCUGAGAAAACUGCCGCUUGAAUUUGUUUAACUUGUUGAUGCGACGAUUUUCUACUGGGUUUUUUUUUGUUUUUGUUUUUUUUUUGUUGUUUUUUUUUUCCACCCCAUCUCUGUCGCCUGGGCUGCGGUGACAGAUAGAUGGGAGGCGGAAUCGCAAGUGUGCUCAUCCGAGGAUAGGUUUCCUUCCGUUUUUCCCCCCCCAUUUAUUAUUUUUUUUAUUUAUUAAACUCGCCGUGGAUGCAGUUUAAAGAGCAGCUCCUUACCUAAGAUGCAAUUCAUCUCUGAGCCGUAGCACUGUGAUAGCCGGAGCGGGGUUGUAUUGAACACUACAGGUCAGCAUGGCAGCAGGUGUAGCGGCGUGGCUCCCGUUCGCCCGAGCGGCGGCCAUCGGAUGGAUGCCCGUGGCGAGCACCCCGAUGCCCAUCCCUCCCCAAGACAAGAAGAAGGGCAAGGACGGACUCAUCAUCCUCAACGUGAGCGGGACCAAGUUUCAGACGUGGCGAACCACUUUGGAGAGGUACCCGGACACUUUGCUGGGGAGCACGGAGAGGGACUUCUUUUUCCACGAGGAGACGAACGAGUACUUUUUCGACCGUGACCCCGACAUCUUCAGACAUAUCCUCAAUUUCUACCGCACGGGGAAACUACACUAUCCGCGCCAAGAGUGCAUAUCCGCGUACGACGAGGAGCUCGCCUUCUUCGGCAUCAUCCCCGAGAUCAUCGGGGACUGCUGCUAUGAGGAGUACAAGGACCGGAGGCGCGAGAACGCGGAGAGGCUUCAGGACGACGAGGAGAUGGACAUGAGCAAUGACGUCACGCCGGUGAACCUGACUUACCGGGAGUUCCUGUGGCGGGCUUUUGAAAACCCUCACACCAGCACCUUGGCGCUGGUCUUCUACUAUGUCACAGGCUUCUUCAUUGCCAUAUCAGUCAUGGCCAACGUGGUGGAGACGGUUCCGUGCGGGACUCUGCCCAACAGGUCAAAGGAGGUGUCCUGCGGGGACCGUUACGCGCUGGCUUUCUUUUGUUUGGACACUGCGUGCGUCAUGAUCUUCACCUUCGAGUAUCUCCUCCGUCUGAUCGCGGCUCCCAGCCGGUACAAGUUCAUGAAAAGUGUGAUGAGCGUCAUCGACGUGGUCGCCAUCAUGCCUUACUACAUCGGCCUGGUCAUGACCGACAACGACCAGGUGAGCGGCGCUUUCGUCACGCUGAGAGUCUUCCGGGUGUUUCGGAUUUUCAAGUUCUCCCGGCAUUCCGCGGGGUUGCGCAUCCUGGGCUACACCUUGAAGAGCUGCGCCUCCGAACUGGGCUUCCUACUAUUCUCCCUCACCAUGGCCAUCAUUAUCUUUGCGACGGUCAUGUUUUAUGCAGAAAAAGGCUCCACAGCCAGCAAGUUCACCAGUAUCCCUGCGGCGUUUUGGUACACCAUUGUCACCAUGACAACACUCGGGUACGGGGACAUGGUGCCAAAAACAAUCGUGGGGAAGGUGUUUGGGUCCAUAUGCUCUCUGAGUGGGGUGCUGGUCAUCGCCUUGCCGGUCCCUGUCAUAGUGUCAAACUUCAGCCGUAUCUACCACCAAAGCCAGCGGGCGGAGAAGCGACGAGCCCAGAGGAAAACUCGGCUUGCUAGAAUCCGUGCUGCGAAGAUUCGAGGCACUAAUGCCUAUAUGCGCUACAAACAAAAUGGGCUCCUGAUCGACUCACUGGAGGAGGCCGCCAAGGAGGCAGGACAAGCCCUGGUGGGGAAGGCCCCUCACCCCCCAUUUGAGAGCCAGCAUCAUCACCUGCUGCACUGCCUGGAGAAGACCACGAAUCACGAGUUUGUGGACGAGCAGACGUUUCAGUCCAACUGCAUGGAGAUCUCCGUGAUGAACAAGUCGGGUUCCCGCACGUCCUCGCUGUCCUCGUCGCCACACGGACUGAGCUCGUGCUGCUCUCGGCGCCACAGGAAGAAGAGCAGCUUCAGUCUGCCCAGCACAAACAACCAGGAGCUCAGCACCAUCCAGAUCAGAGAGAGGCCAGUGGCCAACAGUCGCUCCAGCCUGAAUGCCAAACUCGACGAGACCGUGCCCUUGAAAUGUGACGAACCUUACAUCACACCCUCCAUGGUCAGCCUAUCUGCCCCGGCGAUGACCUCAUCAGACGGCCAUGGCUCCACCACCACCACCGCAUACUCUCAGAGCAACAUUGUACGAGUAUCUGCCUUGUAGAUGUCAUGCCUAUCUGAUCAGCUAACUGGUCUCGAGAAGCACCAGAUGCUGAGGAGAGGGACCACUGAGCAUCAACCUGCCAUAAUCUAGAGGGAUUAUAAGAUUAGCAGAAGUUGGGGGUUUUUUGAUGUAGUGAUCUCAUCUGAUGUCAAACUCUGCAUGGUAUUAGAGUGAUGAAUGGACGGCUGCCUUGGAGAUGAAAAGCGAACCAGCAGAUCUUGCUCCAUUAAGCACAGCAGAGCAAGGCAAAGUGUUGGGAUUGCGUGGUUAAUCGUCGUUGCCUAAAACUACUGAGAAAAAAAAAAACUUUAUUUUUGAAUAUGUAAUGUAGUUGUAUUUGUUGUCUUCUGAUUCAAAGGAGGAAAAGGCAGAUGUUUAAAAGGUCAACUUGAUGGCCUCUGAUGACAAAGCACACAUAUUCAUGGACUGAGCGCCAUCUUUGUGAAUACUGAAUCAGUCCACUUACACAUUAAAAGCACUCGCCUCACUCACCACCCAGUUCAAAUGUUUUUGAACCCCCUCCCCCCUUCGAUUAACUGGCUUCCGAUAGUCCCCCUCACUGUUGUAAAUUCAGAAAACAUACAUCAGCUGGAAUGGAAACCUAUUGUGAAUAUUCAUUAAGUGACUCAUUAACUGGUUGGUGUCAUCGUUUGAUGAGGAAAAAAAAAAAAAGAAAAAA